AUGCCGAGAUUGAACUUUGAAAUCGAUGAGGCUGCUCUUCUCCAGGCGUACAAGAUCGGAUCGAUAGCUCCAACAAAGUGGGAAGAAGUGGACCAUGAGCUCGCAGACUCCGUUGCAGGCGCAAUUCUCAGCCCAUCGAUCGCCGGGGACAGUGAAGGGGAUCCCAUAGGAUUGGGAAGUUCUACUGAAGGAUUUGGAUAUGGAAACGAGUAUGCUGCCCUCUCGCUCCCUUACGUGUCACGCGAGUGUCUUGUUGACUCAAUCGCUCUCCUCGUUGUUGUUGUAGAGGCAGCUUGUCUCAUCACCUCAAAGUCUUUUGACCCGAAGGUGUUCUUGUCGACGAUGCAUCCGAACGCGACGUACCAGGAUCUUGCCAGAGGGAUUGCACAUCUGCAAAACGCCAUAGAAGCCCGGUCAGAGGCUCUUCGCAUUCUGGUGGAGGAUAAUUUUGACCGCUUCGUUGCUGUCAAAUCGACCACAGACGUUCUCUAUGCGGAAAUGAAGGAGGGUAUCUUGACACCGGGCACCCAGUUUUCUGCCUCGCCUCUCCGCGACCAUCUUAAGAAUGGUGUGCAAAAGGCUAAUCAGGUUUUCCUACCGGUCUUGGAAAACGCGUCCAAAGCUCAAAAAAUCCAGACGACGCUUUCAGUUUUCGAGAGAUCCAAGUUCUUUUUCAAUCUACCCAGUUUUAUCUAUGAAUCCAUUGAAGCGGGUCGUUACGAAAUUGCACUGCGUGACUACAAGAAAGGCAAAUAUCUGCUAGAGAAUCGACCGGGACAAUUGCUUCCCAUUGGAAACUUCAAGGACACCAUUACAGCCGAUGCAGCCGAACAGCAGCAACGUCGCAUUUUGGACAAAGUUUGGACGAGCGUUGAGAAGGCCAUUGCCCAAAUGCGAAGCGUUCUUAUUUCACAGCUGCAGGAUUCUAGCCGGAGCGUGGAAGAACAAGAAAAGACUCUUGAGGUCUUGGUAGAGUUGCAAUCGAACGAUGACCCUGUCUGGAAUUAUUUUGACAGCCACCAUAAGCAUAUCCUGGACGCCAUGAACAAAGCAUAUCGUUCUUCCGCGAAAGUGAUAGAAGCCACUAUCCAAAAGACCCUAGCCGAUACCCCAACCUCCGACUCUCUGGGAACAUCUCUCCAGACUCAACUUCAAACCGUCAUCGCAGAUCUGAUGGCGCACAAGCCUGAAACAUUAAUCGCCAAGUCCCCUGGAGAGCCAGUAUGGCAGGCCAUUCACGACAUGAUUAAAAAUAUAUCUGAAGCCAUGUUGUCGUCGCUUCCCAGCUUUUGGAAAAUCGCGAAAGGUUUCAUGGACGGGAAAUUCAAGAAGCCCGCAAACCCUCCUGCUGGAACAUCUGGAACCCGACGAAGCUUCUCACAAUGCCGGACUAUGGCUCAGGAUAUCGUCAAACUUUAUAUAACUCUUAUCUCUGAAUUUUUCAGGUUAUCUGAUGUUGCUGUUAUGACCUCUAUGGGUGGCUCCUAUAACGCCGCUCCUCUUCCUUUGGUCCCGAAGAAUACCCACUCACCAUGCACUGCUUAUUAUUUAAUCAAAAUUAAUACUGAUAUACAAGACACAGUCAAUGAAUUGAAUGCUCUCGAUAUCGCCCAAGAUACCGGAUUGAAGAGCCUGCUGGAAAGCGUGAAAUGGAGAUUCGAAGAUAUACUUAUAGAUGGGUGGCUGAGAGAUGCACGCAUGUUUUAUUGGACAGAAGCGUGGAUAACAAGUUCUACAGAUCCCUUUACUACAUGUUACCUUGCCCAAAUCGACGUUUUCCAAAGACAUAUGACUACGGCAGCGUAUAAACUUGCUGGUGGUCUUGAUGUCGGCUCUUCCUCGUCAUCGCGAGCGAAGCAGGCUCCGAUUUCCCCUAUAUUCGUGUCCAAAAUAACAAAAGCCUUCUUGGAUGCUGUGUACGCUAUCUUGGACGGCCUGGUGCUUCUAGCCUCUGACGAGUCCCCAGUGGCUCAAGGCAAAGGACCUGCUAUCCUGAAUACGGAUAGGGAGGGUAUCAACCCCAUUGAACUUCUUGACCUCAAGGACGGCGAUACUCGACUAUUGAUUGUCAUCUCAAACUUUAAUAACCUCUCUAAAUCAGUGAUACCGAGUAUGCUUCUCCAAUUGGAGAGUGCUUUCAAUACUUCCAUUGCAGAAGACAAAAAGACCUUGAUGACUGUUGUGUCAGAGCUCGACAAAACCCUCUUCGAAGGGUACGUUAAAUCAAAAUCAGAGAUUGUCACGUCCAUUCUCCGUCGCGGAAUUCUCGAGAGCGAUGUGGACUGGUACCAAACACCUCAACCCACUGAUGUUCGGCCCUACAUGUUUGAUACACUGAUGACGCUCGUGAGCGUGCAUGCGCAGGUCUGCAAUGUGGCCGAACCACUUCUGGAUCGUGCUCUGCACGCCCUCGUGGAAGAGCUUGCUGCUGAGGCGCUCCGGUGCUUCCGGCAGGUAAAACGUUUCGGCAUGGGCGGUAUGCUCAGAGCUACACUUGAAAUCGAAUUUAUGCAUCAGACAUUAGGACGAUAUGUGACCCCUGCAGCGGCCAAGCUGCUGACUGAGCUUUACAACCGUAUCUCCCAGGCUUACUCUCGGCGCCCUGGUGAUGAAAAUCUCCAGGCCAACUUGGAUGGUGUCAAGAAAACUCUCGCGGAGACCCGCCGUGCCACGGGCAUCGAGUUCCUAUGUUUCAGGCAGUCCAAGUCAUCCACUUCUUCGAGCAGUCGUGGAGGAACGUCGGCCCCCCGGCCCCGAGACAAGGCUCCAUCACGCAGCGAAAGAACGUAA